AGCUUUGAAGGGAUACACCUGUCAUUAUCACAAUCACACAAACCCAUUUUUGUCAUUUCAUGCAACCUUCCACCUUCUCUCACUAACUACCCCUCUCUCUCUCUCUCCCCACUUCCACUUCCACCACCACCAACUCACACAGAACACAAAAACCCACACAAACUGGUGAGAAGCUGGGAAGAAUCAUCACACAGCAACACCCAAAGCUUCCAACUUCCUUGCAAUGGGGACUCGAAUCCCUUCCCAUCAGCUCAGUAGCGGCUUGUAUGUUUCGGGUCGACCCGAACAACACAAGCCCGAGCGACACGAGGUUCCCGGCGUCGACGCCAAGCCCUCUCGGUCAUCGUCGCAGCACAACAGUGGGUCGGUUAGAUCCGGGCCGAACUCGGGCACUGUUGGCAGGAACAGUGGUUCGGGCCCAAUGACCCGGAAAUCGUCUGGUUCGGGCCCGAUGGCGCUUCCAACGGGGCUCAUCACAUCGGGCCCGGUAGGAUCCGGCCCGAUUGGAAAGCGUUCGGGUCAGCUGGACCAGACGGGUGCUCCGGCAGCGGCGCCUUCGGCGGGAGGGAAGACGGUUUAUGGUUCGGCCGUGACGAGCUUGGCGGAGGAGGUGAAGGUUGGGUAUAGGGUUUCUCGGGCGGUGGUGUGGGUUUUCCUGGUGGUGGUGGCAAUGGGGUUGCUGGUUGGGGUGUUCUUGAUGGUGGCGGUGAAGAAAUUUGUGAUCUUGGUGGCACUUGCGGCGGUUAUUGUUCCGGUGGUGGCUUUGACUGUUUGGAACUGUGUUUGGGGAAGAAGAGGGUUGUUAGGGUUUGUGAAGAGGUACCCUGAUGCUGAGCUUAGAGGCGCCAUUGAUGGACAAUACGUCAAGGUUACCGGGGUUGUAACCUGUGGCAGUAUUCCUUUGGAGUCAUCCUACCAAAGGAUACCUAGAUGUGUAUAUGUCUCUACUGAAUUAUAUGAAUAUAAAGGUCUUGGUGGAAAAUCAGCAAAUCCUAAACACCGCUGCUUCACUUGGGGUUCUAGAUACUCUGAGGUAAGGUGUUUCCUUCUUACAAUUAUUAUAUCUGGUGUGCAGAAAUAUGUAGCAGACUUUUACAUAUCAGACUUCCAGUCUGGGUUAAGAGCACUAGUGAAAGCAGGCUAUGGUGCCAAGGUUGCUCCCUUUGUGGAACCAACUACUGUAGUUGAUGUAACAAAGGACAACAGAGAGUUAUCGCCGAACUUCUUAGGCUGGCUUGGGGACCGCAAACUCUCUAGCGAUGACCGUAUAAUGCGCCUCAAGGAAGGGUACAUCAAAGAAGGUAGCACCGUAAGUGUGAUGGGAGUUGUGCGUCGACAUGAUAAUGUGCUCAUGAUUGUUCCUUCCACAGAACCUGUCUCAACAGGUUGUCAAUGGAUCCGCUGCCUCUUGCCAACCUACGUUGAGGGUCUUAUCCUGACAUGUGAGGAUAAUCAAAAUUCCGAUGUUAUUCCCGUUUAGCAUCUUCUGUCUAAUAAGCUUCCACGGAAACUCAUGUCUUAAUACCAAAAAUGUAGUUAGUGAUGGUGGAAUCCUACACUACAGAUUAAACAACUAGUUUUCCACGUGCAAUCUCUGUGUAGAUCAUCAAUUUGGCUCGGGAAGAAGAUGCAAAGACGACUCUGAAGUCGUCAUAAGAAUCAGAAUAUAAUCAGAUUAAUAUCACUUGAGGAAGGGUCAAAUGUCAAUUAGAAGCAGUAUGAGAGUCAUAUAUAUCAGUGUAUGAAGAAGUUGCAUAUUGUCUUAUUUAUUAUGCUUAAUUAUAUGUACAUAGGUAGGAGAUAUGCCCGAAGGGGCUCGAAGUAGUUGCUCUCAUGUUUGGAGUUUAGUGCUAGCAUGAAUGUAGUUGCUCUAUUGCUAAAAUAUUUGAUAUAUGUCAAGUGUGUUAACCUGUAUUCUUCAAGUUAGUAUGUUGUAUUAAGCCUAUGACCUAUGUUAGUAGCUGUAAAAUUGAAGCAU